AUGGUUAUAUCUCCGUCACUUAUAAUUUCUUCAUUAAAUCUAGGAAUACUUACAAUUCUUCUGGGGAGGAUUUUUUUCUUUUCUAAGUCUUACUUUUCCAAGGGAAACGUAAAUUUUCCACUAAUAAAGACCACUAGCGCCUGUUUAAGUGUUAAUAAAGACAAGGAAGAAACCAUAGAGUAUAAAAGAGGUCCAUUUGCAAUGGCCAUUCUAAAGGUACUGGCUUUUUUAUCCGUGCUCUCCUUGUUAGUCACGUGUAAAAACAGGAUUCAGAGAAUAAAAAUCACUCUCUCCUUGUGGCUAAGAAACACCCCCCUAAAAAUUUCACUUAAUUUUAUUUAUGAUCAAUACUUUCUAGUUUUUCUUUCAGUGGCCCUAAUAGUUACAUGAUCGAUCAUGGAGUUCUCAUUUUAUUACAUGACAGAAGACCCUAAAAGAAGCGCUUUCUUCCGGUUAUUAACUAUUUUUUUGCUAAAAAUGUUAAUUUUAACCUGCUCAAAAAGCCUAUUCUUAAUAUUCCUAGGCUGAGAAGGGGGUGGUUUUCUCUCUUUUUUACUUAUAAGCUGAUGAACUACCCGAAACGACGCAAGGAGCUCAGCACUAGAAGCCGUAAUUACAAAUCGAAUAGGAAAUAUUGGACUUAUAACGUUUAUGGCCCUUUCAGCUCUUAAAUUUAACUCGUCAAACUUGACAAAAAUACUCUCUUCCAACGAGAAUCUAACUCCCCUCCUGCCAUUUUUGCUGUUCGGGCUUAUCCUAGCUGCAGCUGGAAAGUCAGCCCAAUUCGGCUUACACCCGUGGCUGCCAGCGCUACUGGAAGGCCCUACACCAGUUUCUGCUCUACUACACAGUUCUACCAUGGUAGUUGCCGGAGUAUUCCUUUUAGUCCGCACCAGAGAAUUAUUUUCCUCUCCCCUUAUUACCCAUUCACUGGUUUUGAUUUUAGGAGGAACAACAGCACUAUUCGCAGCUUCAACCGCCAUCGCCCAACACGAUAUAAAGAAGAUUAUAGCAUACUCCACCACAAGACAGCUAGGACUAAUGGUCACUGCAAUAGGCAUUGGACAACCUGCUCUAGCAUUUUUCCACAUCUGCACUCAUGCCUUUUUUAAGGCCAUGUUAUUCCUGUGCUCUGGAAGGGUAAUCCAUAGAUUGAGGGACGAACAAGAUCUUCGAAAGAUGGGAGGUCUUAGAAAGCUCUUACCUGUCACAUCUUCCUGUUUAAUUCUAGGCAGACUUGCCUUAAUGGCACCCCUCUUAGCAGGAUUCUAUUCUAAGGACCUAAUACUAGAGGCCACAAGAGCUAGAGUUUUAAACCUCCUAGGAAUUGUUUUAAGAAUAGUGGCGACAAUGCUUACGGCAGUAUACAGCUUUCGAAUUAUCUUCUUCUGCUUCUCCCUAAGACCUUCUUGUAGCUCCCCUUUCUCCCAUAGGGAAGAAAAAUUUAACCUCAAAAACGCCCUAUUACGACUUGCCACAGGAACAAUAGCAAGCGGAUGAUUUUUUUCAAAAUUGCUAUUUGCUCCCCCCUCUUUUAAUGUUACCUCGCUCGCAAAGGGCACGCCGCUCAUAGUACCCAUAAUAGGAGUAGCUGCCCUCUUUAUGUCCUUAAUAUCAUCGACCUCUAAUUCAAUAGGGAGAAAUGCCCACUCAGCCACAACAUCACAGUGAUUUUUCGUUGAUGCUGUACACCUCUCAAUAAUCACUAUGAGGCUCGCGCUCUCCUUUUUCUCCUCCCGAACGCUAGACCGAGGAUGGCAAGAAAAAAUUGGCCCUCAAGGAAUAGCACCAACCUCAACCGCCCUUUCUAAGAUUAGCCAAGCAGGGCAAAUAGGGCUAAUUAAGCGAUAUAUACUCUCUUCAAUGGCCUCAGUAUUAGUAAUACUGGCUCUCUCUCUUUUAAUCUUAUCAUAA